GUGAGGAGACGCGACGUGCGAAAUGACGGCUAUCAAGAAGGAUGAAGACGCCGAUGUCGAGAAAACGUCGCAAAAGAUGCCCACCGUGGUAUCUCCGAUCCUACAACAGAGCUGUAUGUUCGGGAUCAGACAUCUGCAAACGUUGCUACUUUUCCUGGCCAUGACCAUCGGGUACACUCUCAGGGUUGGAAUGUCAGUUGCCGUGGUUCCAAUGGCGAAUUCGAGUACCGCGAAUCCAAAUAUCGAGGAUUUUGGUUGGAACAAACAAGAGAAAGAUUUGGUGCUCAGCUCGUUCUUCUGGGGCUACGUGGUGACACAGGUGCCGAGUGGCUACUUGGCCAAUAUCUGGAGUGGUCAGAAGAUUCUCUGCAUCGGAAUGUUUGUCUGCGGAAUUUUCAAAAUUAUUACGCCGGUCGUCGCUCAUUAUGGAGGUCUGCCGGCUGUCCUGGUUUGCAGGGUAGGCAUGGGUCUCGCUCAGGCUUGUCUAUUACCUUGCAUUCAAACCCUUCUCGCCAAGUGGGCACCGCCCGAAGAAAGGGCACGGCUGGGAACAUUCGCUUAUGCGGGUGGUCAGUUUGGCACAAUAAUCGCUAUGCCGAUUGCUGGAGUUCUCGCAGAAUCGAGUGUUGGUUGGCCCAGUAUCUUUUAUCUAUUCGGUACAUUAUCGAUCAUCUGGAGCGUAGUAUACUAUUAUUUGGGAGCAGACUCACCGUCCAACCAUCGCAGUAUUUCUCAAGAGGAGAAGAUGUACAUAGAAGAACAAUUAAAAACAACUGAAGCGAAAAGCGAUGAUGAAGUCAAGAAAAAGAUGAAAACACCGUGGAAGGCGAUGUUCACCUCAGUGCCUAUGUGGGCUCUCAUAAUAGUUCACUGCGGACAAAAUUGGGGGUAUUGGACUCUAUUGACAGAAAUACCAAGUUACAUGACAGGCGUGUUGAAUUUUAAAAUUCAGGCGGGCGGUAUAUUUUCCGCUCUGCCAUACUUGGCAAUGUGGAUUCUGAGCUUCCCUAUGAGCUGGUUCUCUGAUUACGCGUUGAAGAAGAAUGUGUCUAGGGCUGUAGUCAGAAAGAUUUCCAACACAGUGGCCCAUUGGGGUCCGGCUAUAGCCCUGGCAUGUAUGAGCCUCGCACCCACUGAUGAUUAUACUUGGGCCGUUGUCAUCCUUGUCAUAGCAGUAGGUCUAAAUGCUGGAUCUUUAUGCGGCUUCCAAAUCAAUCAUAUUGAUCUUAGUCCAAACUUCGCCGGGACCAUGAUGUCUGUUACCAAUUGUUGUGCCAGCGUUAUCUCCAUUAUCGCGCCGUUAAUAAGUGGUGUGAUUGUGUCCGACGAGAGCAGCGCGUUUCAAUGGAACAUCGUGUUUUAUGUCUCAGCAGCAAUUUACUUCCUGGGUAAUUUAGUAUUUAUAAUAUUUGGUAAGGGCGAGGUGCAAUGGUGGAAUGAUUCAGAGGCACAACCGCCAACAAAAAAACAAAGAGGAGACGAAGAGAACGAAAUGCGGAAGUUCAUCAUCAUGGCGUCUCUACGGAGGAAGAGGGUCUCCGUAGUAUCUCUUUCGGAAAGAAUGAAAGUCCCAUCGAACAAACCAUCAGCAUGGUUCGGAUGUAGACAUGGUCAGGUGGGACUCAUGGGCCUAGGAUUCUUUUGUUGUUAUGCUAUCCGAGUAACGACGUCAGUAACCUUGGAGGCGAUGACCAAUGCAGCCAGUGCCAAUCCUAAUUUCGAGGAGUUCCACUGGGAGGAAUCAGUGAAGCACAUAAUCCUCAGCUCUUUCUUCUGGGGCUAUACCAUCACGCAAAUACCUGCCAGCAUUCUCACUCAGAAAUGGACUGCUCAGGGUUUGUUUUCGAUGACCCUAGUUAUCUCCGGAUUGCUGACUAUCGCCACUCCCAUGGCCGCUCAUUAUGGCGGCUGGCAGAUGGUGAUCGCUUGCAGGGUAAUGUGCGGCCUCGUCCAGGGUGCCGUUCUACCGUGUCUGCACACCUUGCUGUCUAGGUGGUCGCCGCCUGAAGAGCGUGGUAGACUCUCAACGUUCGUUUAUUCCGGCGGCUGGAUCGGCAACGUAAUAUGCUUAUUAAGUACCGGCUUCCUUGCGGCAUCAUCCAUCGGCUGGCCUAGCUGUUUUUACGUUUGGGGAAGUCUUGGCGUCCUCACCGGCAUCUGUUUCUAUUUGCUCGGGCAGGAUUCACCCUCCGAACAUCCCAGAAUAUCUCUCGAUGAAAAGGAAUACAUUGAGACGAGUCUGGGAAUAACCGAGAUCAACGAGAAACCCUCCACUCCGUGGAAGUCCAUAUUAGGGAGCUUGCCGGUCUGGGCAUUACUGAUGGCGCAAUGCGGACAAUCCUGGGGCUUCUGGAUGCUGCUGACGGAAAUCCCAUCCUACAUGAGUUCGAUUAUGCGCUUUGAUAUCAAGAAGAAUGGUAUGAUGACGGCAUUGCCUUACUUAUCAGCGUGGCUCAUCAGCUUUCCAAUCAGCCAUAUAUCCGAUCUAUGCAUCAGGAAAAAAAUUGUGACAACGAAGAUGUCCCGGAAGAUUUGCAAUACAAUUGGUCAUUGGGUACCGGCAGCCGCGCUGGUCGGGUUGGGUUACGUGGGGCAGGACCAGCCGGAAUUGGCCGUGGGUAUCCUCGUCAUCGCCGUAUCGUGCAACAUCGCUGCUUUUUGCGGCCAUAACAUUAAUCACAUGGACCUUAGUCCGAACUUCGCUGGCCCGCUCAUGGGAUUUACAAAUACUAUUGCAUCUGCCUGCGGCAUUCUCGCACCGCUGAUCGCUGGGGUGAUCAUCAAGGAUUCGACCAACAUAUUGCAAUGGCGAAGCGUGUUCUUUCUGUCGGCCGUAAUAUACACGGUGGGCAAUCUAAUCUUCAUCCUAUUCGGCACCAGCGAGGUGCAAAAGUGGAAUGAUCCAAUUGAAAGCAAGAAGGAUAGCGUUGUGCGAAAAGUAUCGACAAUGCCGGUGACCAUCGCGACAAUACAGGAAAAGGAAGACGAGAGAAUUCCAUGA